AUGGAGGCUUUUCAGCUGCUAUCCAGAGGCGGCCUGCGUUUCGACAAGAACAGAUUCAAGUCGGAAGUAGGACUGUUCGAGCAAAACCAGAAACCCAAGCCAACCUCGAAGGCCACCCAAACCAAUGGAAAUGAUCUACCGGCCGAGCUUGACUUUUUCAAGUAUGCAGAGGGUGGGAAGGGAAAGGAAAACGAGAAGACGAAACGAAAGUCGUCGGAGAAAACGGACGAGAGGGAGAGGAAACGGCCCAAGAUUGCAGACGAGGAUGUGGAGAUGGACGACAUGUCUUCAGACGAUGAUGUUGAAGAAGGAACCUCCUCAGCCAAUGCUCAGAACGUACCAAAGCACAGAAUAUCAACCAAAGGUCUAAACCCGCCUUCACAGGCGCUCCGAUUCGAAGAAUUGAAGGAACGCUACUCGCUACCCCCACAGCUAUUCAACAACCUGGCAAAGAAUGGUUACCAUACCCCAACUGCCAUCCAAUCAGCAGGAAUACCCGUCCUUCUAGAAUCUCGCGAUUUGGCUGCCAUUUCUCCAACAGGUACUGGCAAAACUCUCGCAUAUCUCCUGCCUCUAUUUGCACGACUCGGUGCUCCACUUCAUCAAACACACGACCAGUCGGCUGGGAAGGGUGUUCGGGCAGUUGUGGUUGCACCAACGCGUGAACUUGCUCACCAGAUAUACAACGAGUGCCUCAAACUUGCUCAGGGCCGGAAAUGGAGAAUCACCCUGUUCAGCAAAGCAACAGCAAGCACUCUGGCAACCAAAGAAGUUCGCGAUAAAACUGACAUUAUUGUUAGUACACCUUUAAGGCUGGUCGCUGCUGUUCAAGAGGGAAAGUUUGAAUUAGAAAACGUCCGAUACUUGGUCCUCGACGAAGCUGAUCGCUUACUGGAUACGGAAUUUCUCGAACAAACUGAGGAGCUCGUUGCUUCCUGCACGCAUAGCCGACUCCAGAAGGCCAUAUUCAGUGCCACUUUACCUGCAGGAGUGGAGAAGAUCGCCAUGGACAUGCUACAAGAUCCAAUCAGGCUAGUCGUGGGACUAAAGGAUACACCACUACCGCUGAUCUCGCAGUCUCUCACUUACGUUGCGGACGACGGUUCCAAGUUGCCCAGUUUGCUCACCUACCUUGCCCAGCCUUACAACCCACCUGUCCUGGUCUUUACCUCAUCACAACCUCGAGCGACGUCCUUAGCAGAGGAGUUGCUUCUUAACAACAUUAAAAACGUCGAUUGUCUACAUGCUGGGAUGACCAACAAAGAACGCGAGGAUGUCAUUACGCGCAUGCGCAAGGGAGAGACAUGGAUAUUGAUCACCACAGAGGUCAUGGCAAGGGGUAUGGACUUCAAGGGCGUGCGAGAGGUCAUCAACUACGAUUUCCCUACCAGCGUCCAAAGUUACGUCCAUCGAAUUGGUCGAACAGGGCGAGCUGGUCGUGAGGGGAAGGCAGUCACGUUCUUCACGAACGAGGAUGCCCCGUUUCUGAAAAUCAUCGCCAAUGUCAUCCUCCAAUCCGGGUCGCAAGUGCCCGAAUGGAUACUGAAACUUCCAAAACCAUCCAAGAUUAAACGGCGAUUGAUGGGCAAGAUAAAACGCCCAGAAAUCGUGAAUAAUGCUAGAAGGCUUGGGCGAAGAGAAGCUAUCAAGAAAAGGGACAUGAUCGCAGCCAGCAAGCGCCGAAAGGCGAAAGAAGCCUCUGUGCCUAUUGCUUCGGAGCCCUAAUAUAUCCAUUUACUGUCGGCAACACCCUUCGAAGUGCCGCGAGGAAGGAAUACUCUUACUAUCACGCUUAUCCGGAACGAUGGCCGACCUGAUUGUGAUACUUAACGAGUGCCGAUUCGCAAGAGACCCAGGCACGUCGUGUCAACCUUC